AUGGAUAAUCAAGAAAGCCCCUAUGAAGAAGAGGUUAAUGAUGAUAAGCAAGAGGAACAAGAGGUUGAUAAUGAUGAUGUUUGGGAUGAUAUAGAUGAUAUAGAUAUGGAUGCAGACAAUAUGGAUGGUGUGAAUAAAACUAAACCCGAUGAUGAUAUUAUAUUUGAAACCCUCACAAACUUACUUUAUUUUCAAGUAACCUUGAAAAAAAGAUGUCAAAGGUCUAAUCGUGGUCCCAUAUACAUACAAAAAUAG